AUGAAGCGCAUCGUGGGGAGCCCCGGGACAUGGAGCGGCAUGGCGCUGCGUCUGUCGCAGUGCGUCUUCGCCGCCGCGUCCUCCUCGGCCAUGGCCUCCGCCUUCGGCUCCUCCGACUACAGCGCCUACUUCUACCUGGAUACCGCGUUGACCCUGCAGUUUCUGUGGAGCAUGGGCUUUGCUUGCGUGGACAUCUUUGCUCUGAGGAACAAGAAGGAUCUUCACACCGCCCCGGAACUCAUAUUGAUCUUUCUUAUCGGCGACUGGGUCCUGGCGGUUCUCAUGUUCUCGGGAGCCUGCGCCGCGGCCAGCGUGACGAUCUUCUUCCGGAUGGAUGUGAGGUUCUGCGCGGAGUACCGGCGGCUGCCCUGCGCCCAGUUCGAGCUUUCGGUCGCCCUCGCGUUCAUCGCGUGGUUGCUGCAAGCCGCCUCUUCUUUCUCCGGGUUCUGGCUUCUCAUCUCCUUCUUCUAG